AUGGUCCGCACAAGUAACAUCAUCCACAAAAGUGUUCUAAAUAUAACAACAGAAGAUGAAUUUCAAGAAGAUCUUCACUUUGGUAAUAAGCUGUCACUCCUGACAGGUGACUACCUCCUUAGUAAUAGUUUUCGUGAACUAGCAGCCUUAAAAUGUCAUCCUGUCAAUGAACUUAUAUCUACUGCUCUUAGAGAUUUGGUGGAAGCUACUUUUAUAGAACCCAGAGACAAACAAAAUAGACCUGUUCCUGCUUCACCACUCUCUGAACAAAAAAAACUUUUAGUUCCACAUGAGUACGAACAGGAUCUCCUACAAUUAUCUGAAGUUUUGGGGAAUGCAAAAGCAGAAUGGACUUUGAGGCAUUUGUUGGAUGGUGCUAGUUUGUUAGGAAAAUGUUGUCAGGCAGCUCUAAUGUUGGCACACCACUCAGAAACUCUAGAGAAGUCUGCAUAUAUAUUUGGAAGAAAUAUAGCACUAGCACUACAAAUUAAAAAAGACAUCUUACAAAUAAGCACCAGUCAAACUGGACCAUUCAGCUUAAUCAAUGCUCCAUUGAUGUACCAUCUUCAAGAGUGCCCAGAUUUCUAUGUUGACCUCAUGAAAGAGGUUGACAAUGAUGAUAUUAACUAUGACAGAAUAAGAAAUGUUGUUUCGAGAAGUAAAGGAACAAGAAAAGCUUUAGAAUUACAGGCAGAAUUUGUUGUUAAUGGAAAGGCAGCACUAAAUGAAUUUUCUGAUAAUAAUGCCAAGAAUGCUCUGGUUAAAAUAUUAGAAGCAAUGUAAUAAAAUAAGUUUACAGGUCGUUUUUUAAUAUAUAC